AUGGAAAACAUACCUUGCUCUAAUGCAAUAGACUCCAUAAUGUAUGCUAUGAUCAGUACUAGACCUGAUCUGUCUUUUGCAAUCUCUUUACUUAGUAGAUAUAUGUCAAAUCCUGGUAUUGAACGUUGGGCUGCAUUAAAAUGGUUGCUAAGGUACAUAAAUAGCACUGUGCAUGUUGGUUUAGAUUAUUGUAAAAGAUAUGAUACACUUGAUCUUGUAGGGUAUGUGGAUUCAGAUUUUUCAGGUGAUAGAGACAGUAGAAAGUCCACUACUACCUACUGUUUUACGCUUGGAGGAAAUUGUGUGAGCUGGAAAUCCCAGUUGCAACCUUUGGUUGCAUUGUCCACAACUGAAUCUGAAUAUGUGGCAGUCACAGAUGCUUUCAAGGAGGCCAUAUGGCUGCAAGGAAUCCUACAAGAAGAUAAUCUGCUGGAUGGACUUGUGACUGUCUAUUCAGAUAGUUAA